AUGGGUGUCACUCGCCGACCUCCGCCAGCAUAUACUGCUCCCCCAGACUCCACAGUCCAUGCCACUUCCGAGAUCUAUAGAUCUAUCUCGAAGACCGCCUCGGAUGCCUCCCAGAGAAAUCUAGAGACGUCUUUCACUAUUCGUCCGUGCUCUGGACAAGCAUGGGUUGUGCCAGCUGGGCACAUUUGUCGUUUGACUACCCCCAAGGGCCCUCAAGUGGGUGACUUGAAUAUCUGGAAUGCAAAUAAUCCCAGAGAGAGACUUUGGGCAGCGCGCACCCGUCAGAUCCACGCUUCCCACGUGUCGGUUGGUGACCGUCUUUGGUCCAACCUGCCAUAUAUUAGGCCACUGGUAACCAUUACUGGUGACUCACUUGGUGGCGGGCAACUUCACGAAGUGCUCGAUGCAGAAGGUAAACGAACCAAGGGUUUCGGAACGACGGAGUGGGGAGGACGAGUUCAUGAUCUCCUGGGUACCCGAUGCGACCCUUACGUGAAUCUGCUCAUGGGUGGCGAGUCAUUCGACUUUCACUGCCAUUCAAACCUUACCCGCUCAAUACUGCCAUUUGGACUGAACGAGCUUGAUGUGCACGACGUUUUGAAUGUUUUCCAAGUAACUGGACUGGAUGAAGAAGGGAAAUACUUCAUGGAAACUUCGCCAGCGAAGCCAGGGGAAUAUUUUGAGUUCUUUGCUGAGGUUGAUGUUCUCUGUGCGCUUUCGGCGUGCCCUGGUGGUGAUCUGUCCAACUGGGGCUGGGAGGAGAAGAGCGAAAUGGGGGCCACCACCCGCCCACUUGGUGUUGAAGUGUAUCAAUUGACUGAUCCGAAAGUGCUGGAGAAUUGGAAGGAGCCCGAGUCUCCAAAAUACAGAGGGAUGCACGGGGGCAUGGAGCAAGACCGAGACUCUGAAAAGGGUGCUAUGGUCCAUGAGAGUCGGCAAGAUGAUACACGGCAACCGUGCGAUGACAUCUACAACAUUCGGCCGUGGAAUAACCCCUUGGAUAGGCUGCCAAGUGCGAUAAGCACAUUGGGUGAGGCGGAUGAGGAUCCUGGACUGCGAAAACCAGGUGAUUUCAAACAGCCCCAGAAAUUUGGGGGAAGGAUGCUUCUUUGGCUUGCCUAUCAGUCCGUUGGUGUUAUAUACGGUGAUAUCGGCACUAGUCCUCUUUACGUUUACUCGUCGACAUUCAGUGAGACACCCUCUCGACAGGACCUCAUUGGCGUACUCUCUAUAAUCAUCUGGAGUUUAAUCAUGAUGGUGACUGUCAAGUACGUCUUGGUUAUUCUUCGCGCGGAUAAUGACGGCGAAGGAGGGACAUUUAGUACAUAUUCUCUUCUCAGCCGCUAUAUGAAUAUCACCCACCGUGAUCCGAGGGAAGCCUCCCUUGUUCAAAUGAAACGACAUUCAACAAAUGACCUUGAACGAACUAGCAGACAUGUACGGCACCGAAUUGAAUCAAGUAAUCUUGUGAAACGCCUUCUCAAAGUCAUGGGAGUAUUGGCGGUUACAAUGGUCCUUGCGGAUGGACUUCUUACUCCAGCUCAAUCAGUGUUGGGAGCUGUCCAAGGGAUUGAAGUAGUGGCGCCCAAUAUUUCAAAAGGUACCAUCAUAGGAGUUACUGAUGCUAUCCUGGUCCUGCUAUUUCUAAUCCAACCGCUCGGGAUUACUAAACUUACCUUUGCCUUUGCACCUAUUGUCAUCAUAUGGCUAGGAUUUAACGCCGUGUUUGGCAUAUACAACCUUGCGAAGUAUGACGCUGGUGUAUUCAUAGCAUUCAAUCCCGGAUAUGCCUUCGAAUUCCUAGCCCGCCAUGGUGAAGAGGGUUGGAGAAUGCUUAGUGGGACGUUGCUCGCUUUCACUGGCGUGGAGGCUCUCUUCGCGGACAUUGGGGCCUUCAGCAGAAAAGCUAUCCAGAUCAGCUGGCUAGGUUACACUUUUCCGUGUUUGCUCUUGGCCUAUAUCGGGCAAGCAGCUUAUAUCAGUGUACAUCCGGAGGCAUAUUCGAACCCCUUUUUCAAUGCUGCACCACCAGGAACCGUGUAUCCUGCACUGGUCAUUGCCAUUCUAGCUGCUGUUGUCGCCUCGCAAGCCAUCAUAACUGCAACGUUUCAGAUCAAAGUGGUCCAUACCUCCGAUAUCUUUCAUGGCCAGCUCUACAUCCCGAUUGCGAAUUGGCUCCUUAUGAUCGGAACGAUACUUGUGGCUUCCAUCUACAAUAAUACUACAUCUCUAGGUAACGCAUACGGGGUCUGCGUUAUAUUCGUCACAUUCUUCGACACAUGCAUGGUUGCGUUAGCAGCUAUGUUUGUGUGGCGUAUUAGCCCAUUCAUUGUGUUCCUGCCCUGGCUCAUAAUUGCCUGUUUGGAUGGUGCAUAUCUCUCUUCUGGUCUCAUGAAAGUUCCCACCGGUGCCUGGUUUACCAUUGUGCUUGCUACGGUGUUGGCCAUUCUCUUCCUAAUAUGGAGGUUUGGAAAAGAACAGCAAUGGUUUGCGGAGGCUGAAGAUCGCUUUCCUACCUCGCAUUUCGUCUCCAAAGACCCAGAUGGCCAAAUCCGUCUAACAGAUCGAUUUGGCGGCACGCCCUUGAGUAAAUCAAAAGGUCUCGGAAUUUUUUUUGAUAAGGCAGGCGAGACCACCCCGAUAGUGUUCAGCCAAUUUAUCCUCAAAUUGACCUCCAUGCCUGCGGUUAUAAUCUUCUUUCAUCUACGCCCAAUCGAGACACCAUCGGUACCGGCAGAAGGCCGCUAUACAGUUUCGAGGCUUGCUAUCCCUAACUGCUACCGUCUUGUUGUUCGAUAUGGGUACAAUGACGAGAUAAUCACGCCAAAUUUGGCGAACACCAUCACCCAGCAGGUCCGCAAGUACUUGAGUGAGAGAGUGGAUGAUCAGGUAGACUCAUCAAUGAGCACGCAUGACACCACCACGAACAAUAGUCAUCCUAGUUCUGUAGAGCAAUCCAUGACAUCUGCGGCUGCAGAGUCUACGGCAGCCGGCAAAGGGCAAGAUAAUAGACCAUUGGCUAAGCUCGAAGAUGCAUACAGUCAUGGGGUUAUUUAUAUUACCGGUAAAGAACAAAUGAGGGUCAACAGGAGCAAGAAUUAUCUUCGGAGAAUAGUGUUGUGGAUUUUCUUGUGGAUCAGAGAGAAUACCAGGGCGAAAAUAGCAUCUCUAGGGCUGGAAACGGAAAAGGUUAUUGAGGUUGGCUUUCUUAAAGAUAUAUAA